AUGGCGGGGGUUGACUUCUCAAAGGUAUACUCUGCUACCUACAGUAAUGUACCGGUAUACGAAUUCAAAAUCGAUAGUGAAAGCGUGAUGCGAAGACGGUCAGAUGAUUGGAUUAAUGCAACGCAUAUCCUCAAAGUCGCCGGGUUCGAUAAGCCAGCGAGAACCAGAAUCCUUGAGCGUGAAGUACAAAAAGGCGUCCAUGAGAAAGUGCAAGGAGGAUACGGCAAAUACCAAGGGACAUGGAUCCCACUCCCCGAAGGCCGUCUUCUCGCUGAGCGCAACAACAUAAUCGACAAGUUAAGACCAAUCUUUGACUAUGUCGCCGGAGAUCGCAGCCCACCACCAGCACCGAAACACACAACGGCAGCUUCAAAACCAAGGGCGCCGAAGAACACGGCCAACCGGAGAGUAGUGAAUGUGAACGAGGAGGUCUUCAGUGCUGCCAAACCAGCGCGGAAUAUGGCGCCGCCCACUUUCACACACGAACAGUUUGAGAUGAGCACCGGCUUCGAUGACAAUGAGUCUAUCGAACAAGCGACCCUCGAGUCGUCGUCCAUGAUAGCGGACGAAGAGAUGAUGACGAUGUCACAGAACGGUAACUUUUCACGCAAACGCAAGCGUGGAAUCAACGAGGCACCAAUAAUGUCUAUUAGCGAACAGGAGCACAUACUUUAUGGCGACCAGCUUCUGGAUUAUUUCAUGACAGUAGGCGAUGCGCCUGAAGCCACACGUGUGCCACCUCCACAGCCACCAAACAAUUUCCAGGUGGAUCGUCCAAUCGAUGAUUCUGGUAACACAGCCCUUCACUGGGCCUGUGCUAUGGGCGAUCUAGAGAUUGUAAAAGAUCUUCUCCGAAGAGGAGCCGAUGUGAAAGCAUUAUCGAUACACGAAGAAACCCCUUUGGUGCGAGCUGUUUUGUUCACCAAUAACUACGAGAAAAGGACUUUCCCUUCGCUUCUGGAACUACUCUGGGAUACAGUGUCUUUCAGGGAUUGGUUUGGUGCCACCAUAUUUCAUCACAUAGCGGAGACUACGCGAAGCAAAGGGAAAUGGAAGAGCUCCCGAUACUACUGUGAGGUGCUGCUAGACAAGCUGCGUCUCAUGUGUUCAGUUGAGGAGGUCGAUCUGUUAUUGUCAUUCCAGGACUCUAAUGGAGACACUGCAGCCUUGGUUGCUGCUCGAAACGGUGCUUUCCGCCUAGUGGACUUACUUCUUGCACGGUGCCCACGGGCUGGGGACUUGGUGAACAAGAAGGGCGAGACGGCUGCAAUUAUUACCCGACGAGCUCACCCUUCCGAGCGCGAGAUCCCACCUCCUCCUUCGUCUAUCACCAUGGGUAAUGAUCAGUUGGAAGGCGAAGCACUCGGCCUCGCUAAUUCUGACACUCAGCCCACCACACUUGCACAGGAGUCAUCGUCUCCUGCCACCACUGCGUUGCUUACCAAGAUCGGAGUGAUAAUGGCGGAAGCGAACAAGAAGCUUACCGUUAGCUAUGGGAGCUCAAAAGCGAACCAGCAGGACUCUGACGACGUUGCAAACCCGGAGACUCUUUACGAGCAACUAGAGUUGGACCGACAGAAGAUCCAGAAAGAAACGGCCAUCUUGCAAGCGCAAGAGGCUGGUGAGCGACCAAUCGAUGUUCAGCUUGAACACUAUGAACGGCUGCGAAGUGGUUAUGAGUCACUGCUAGAACAAAUUCAGCAGGGGCGCUUGAGAGAGCGCAUUUCAUCGGUAGUAGUGCCUGCAGCGCAGGAGGGCACGACGCCACCCGCCACAGAUCACGAUAAACUGCUUCGCACGUAUCAGCUGGCACGACAACUAUGCUCGGCGCAAAAGGCUCGGCGCGCCGCUGUCAAAGACCUUUCCCAGCAGACCGCCGAUGCGGGAGUAAGCACCAAGUUUGACGUCCAUAGGAAGCUGGUUGCACUCGCCACUGGCCUCAAGGAGGAAGACCUCGAUCCCAUGGCAGCUGAGCUAGCCGAAACAUUGGAAUUCGACCGUACAAAUGGGAAAGGCGACACGGCUGAGUUGCCAGAUCCCGAGCCCCGAGAAUCCGCGACAUUCCCUUUCCCCGGGACGACCGUGUCUGUUGAUGCCUGA